CUUUGCGGGAGGAAAGUAUCUCCUCCUUCACCCGCUAACCGAGCAAGAGAGAAGUUCGACGAACGGCACACCCACAACUCCAUCUUCUCGAUCUGAGCUCCUGCAAUCCUUUGUCUCCAGCCGGCUCCGUCGACCACAAUGGCGGCGCACCCCUCCACUUCAUCAUCUUAAUUCGACCCCUCAACUCCAGGUUCUCGAUCUGAGCUCCUGCAAUUCUUCCUCUCCAGCGAGCUCCGUCGACCACAACGGUGCUAUAGGAAGUGUUUGUCACGCCCGUAACUCCGUUGGGUUUCGAACCAGAAGGUAGCCGACUCGUCCCUGUUGUGGAAGCAGAAGGAAACUAAUUUGAAGCUCUAGACACGAGAAAUUAGGGUUCUACGAUUGGAAUUCGUUAGGUGCCUUCCAUUUCAAUCGAAAAUACCGAGUUCUACAACGGGAGUUCUCUCAGUCCGUCCCUUCAGCUACCCUGCCAUCUCAAUUGACAUUCGGCCAACCUUGGCGAGUAUCCAUUUGAAGGCUAAGCUGAACCUGGAAGGUGUGGGAAGGGAGGGAGGUCUUUGCUCUUGAAUUGGGGAGUCAUCCUAAUAUUAGAAUGUCAACAACCGUGAGAAGAAGGCUUCGUCAUGGGGAUAUUGAUGGAAAACGGAAUGAGCAUUAUGAAAUAUCUGGAUUAGACGAACCAUUACUUCAGUCUCAUGAGCUACACAUUGAACCGAAAGGGGUAUUUCUUGGAGAUCUAUUUAAUGUUGAUAGGACGAAGGAACAAAUCCACUGGACAUAUCUGUUUACAAAUGUGAUUGCGCAGUGGGCACAAUGGUUAGAUAGUGGAUUGCUUGUUUUAAUAAUAAGGGCUCACUUCUCUUUUGUAGCAAACAUUGUUGUUGGAUCAAGAUCUUUUAUUGAACGCUUUUUGCCUGGUGCUUCCUCUAACCCCAUUGGAUCAAACACAAAUCUUCGUCUGCCCUAUCUCAGUCCUCUACAGGAGGAGAGACUCAGCAAUUUGCAGCGGAGGCUUGGAGUACCGUUCGAUGGCUCUCUAGUGGAGCAUCAAGAUGCACUUAAACAGUUGUGGAGGCUGGCUUAUCCUGACAGGCUGCUCCCAUCACUUAAAUCAGAGCUUUGGAAAGAAAUGGGCUGGCAAGGUUGUGACCCCUCGACUGAUUUCCGGGGUGGAGGAUAUAUAUCACUGGAGAACCUCAUUUUCUUUGCAAGAAACUAUCCGAUCUCGUUCCAGAGACUGCUACACAAAAUAGAUGGGAAGAGAGCUGAGUGGGAGUAUCCUUUUGCUGUGGCUGGCAUCAACAUUUCUUUCAUGCUCGCACAAAUGUUGGAUCUUCAGAAAGGCUAUCAAACCUUGAAAGUAAAUGCUAAUCGACAGUCCUGGAAUUGCCAAUUUGCAGGGAAGCCCUCAACCGCAGCAGGAAUCCGGUUUUUGGAACUCCUGGAGCACGAUGAGACGGCGUUCGACAACCUUUACUGUGUAGCGUUUCAGAUGAUGGAUGCUCAAUGGCUAGCAAAGCGGGCGUCGUAUAUGGAGUUUAAUGAUGUUAUGAAGUCCACAAGGACUCAGUUGGAACGCGAGCUUGUCCUGGAAGAUGUCAACUCUGUGAAGGAGUUACCUGCUUACAAUUUGCUUACAGGAUAAACCAAAUAACAUAUGGAAGAUUUUGUACACUCCUGAAAUUUGUAUCUAAGCCAUAUUUGUAUAUUUCCCCACAAUUCGAUUGCCAUUUACCUUAAUAAAAUGUAGGUAAUAUACACUUGUAUAAUCAGUAAUAGUAAACUUUUGGGGUUAAAGACACAUUUGGUCACUGAGAUUACAAAAUCGGGACAUGUUUAGUCACUAG